CUGCCGCCGCGCCGAGCGCCGCCGCCGAGCCCCCGGUCCCCACCUCGCCGGGCAUCGCGGGCAGCAGCGCCCUGACGAGCAGCAGCGGGAGGAGGCCGCAGAGGCGCCGCCGCCAUGCUGAGCGUGUUCCGCUCCAUCCCCACGCAGAUGGACUACAAGGGCCAAAAAUUAGCAGAACAGAUUUUUCAAGGAAUCAUUCUUGUCUCUGCAGUAAUUGGUUUUAUCUAUGGAUACGUCACUGAACAGUUUGGAUGGACUGUCUACAUAGUUAUGGCUGGAUUUGCUUUAUCAUGUUUGCUGACGCUCCCUCCGUGGCCCAUGUACCGCCGCAACCCCCUCAAGUGGCUGCCUGUGCAGGAGUCGGGCACGGAAGACAAGAAGGCAGCAGACAGAAAGCCAAAGAGACACACUAAAAGCUAAAAAUUACGGUUCUUCACACUGUUACUUUGUUAAAUUUUGUUAAAUGAAUUUCCACUGGGAGAUACUUCUUGGCUUAGUUGUUUGGUUUUUUAAUUAGUGCUUUGUAUCCUGCCAUCCACCAAGCCCCGCAGAGAGCGUGAAGGCUCUGAAGCUGGUCUGGAGCUUCAGUGAAGUCACUGGGAACACAAGGAUGGGCAAAGGGUAAAGCAAAUACCUGAUGAAA